AUGGCUGCAGAGAAGCUCCCUCCAUUAUUUGAAGGGAAGCGACCUCCCUUAAGCAAAAUUUUAUUUCGAGGGAAGAUGAAAGUGACAUGGCAGAGGCACACGAUUACUAUUUUAUGCUCAAUGGACAGAAUGUUGGCAGGAUUACCACCACUCACCUCAGGAAUACUCCAGGAGCAGAAGAACAAUCAACUCCUGAAAUUAACUGACAGAUUUGGAGUUCCGACACCAGGAAAAUUAUUGGAAGUGUUUGAUGAGCUAGAACCAGAUGACAGGCGGAAUUUUCUAAACAAUAUGGCCGAGUUAGAGCGGGGAGAAGCUGCAGCAGUUCUAAGCGGAGUCGCGACUCUGAACCAUGAUGAAGCUGCUAUAGGACUAAGUGCAGUCGCGCGGCUAGGGCAGGGUGGAGCAACUACAUUAAUGAAUGGAUUAGCUCAGCUGGGGUCCAACAGAGCGGCUACAGUGCUUAGUGGAGUCGUGUCGGUGCCAGGUGGAGCUAGACAAGUAGUAAAUGAAAUAGCGCAAUUGAGGCUGUGUGGAGCUGCUGCGAUAUUAAAAGGAAUUGCGGGGUUGGAGAAAGAUGAAGUUAUUGGAGUUCUUAUUGGAGUCGUAUCAUCAACGGCUGGUGGAGCGGCUACAAUAACGAGUGGAGUAGCGCGGUUGGAGGAGGAGGAACCGCGGUUGUGGCCGGGUGAAGCUGCUGCAGUUUUAGAUGAAGUCGUACGGUUGAGACCUGAUGAUCUUGACAGAGUGCUGAGCGGAGUCGCGCGGUUGGGGCAGAAUGAGGCUGCUACACUACUAAGUCGAGUCGCGCAAUUGGACCCAGAUGAAUCAGUUUCAAUACUAAGUGGAGCCGCGGGGUUGAAGAGGAAAGAAGCUGCUAUAGUGCUCAGUGGUUUAUCGGAGUUGGACAUUGAUGUAGCUGCUACCGUACUGAGGGAAGUCGCGCGGUUGGGGCCGAGUGGAGCUGGGGAAUGGGAACCAGAAGAGCGUCAAGAUUUCCUGUUCAAUCUGUACUACGGGAAUGUAAAAAUCGACCCCCCUGGAUCAAAAUUCCGCGCUAUAAUUGUUGUAAGGGACCUCAAGAAAGGGCCUUGGAGCCGAUUGCUGGCUCUCUCAGGUCACCCCAGGGGCCAUGAUCUGUGGUCAAAGGUCAACAUUUGCAUGUUUCUCUUUGAAAAUCUCCAUCUCCCCAACCCUUGGCCGCAGAAACGUGAAAUUUGCACCAUUCUCCUUGAGACAUAG